UUUGGAUCUCUGUCCCUUCACAACCUUGUCUUGUUACACUCUCUACAACCAUCCUUCUCCCCGCCCUGCCUCUGAACAGCAAUAUGACAACUAAUAACCCUCCGCCAUCUCGUCCAGGCGUUCCCCUUAAGACGCCCAAAGGUACUCGCGAUUGGGUUGGCCGAGAUGCGCUCCUGCGUGAACAUAUCUUCCAGACGAUCAGCGGUGUUUUCAGGUGCCACGGCGGCAUUCCUUUGGAUACGCCCGUCUUUGAACUCAGAGACGUUCUCACAGGAAAAUAUGGCGAAGAUUCGCGUCUUAUAUACAACCUGGAGGACCAGGGUGGCGAGCUCUGCUCCUUACGAUACGAUCUAACCGUUCCUUUUGCUAGGUGGCUGGCUAUGCACAGAAAUGUUAAACGGAUCAAACGCUACCAGAUCGCUAAGGUCUACCGGCGAGAUCAGCCUGCGAUAUCCCGGGGUAGAUUUCGAGAGUUCUAUCAGUGCGACUUCGACAUUGCUGGCGAUUACGACCCGAUGAUCCCCGAUGCUGAGAUCCUGCGCGUCAUUGUUGAGGUCUUCGAUGCCCUCCAACUAGACAUCGCGAUAAAAUUAAACCACAGGCAGAUCCUAGACGGCCUUUUUGCGGUUGCCGGCGUUCCCGAGGAAAAGAUACGCCUUGUCAGCUCUGCAGUGGACAAACUUGACAAGGCGAUAUGGGCCGACGUCAAGAAGGAAAUGGUUGAGGAGAAAGGUCUUUCGGACGAAGUCGCGGACCGAAUUGGCGAAUAUGUGAGGCGCAGCGGCGGCAUACGCGAAAUGAUCCAGAUUCUCAAGUCGGAUUCAGAACUUUGCGGGAACAAAAAUGUGAAAGCAGGGCUAGAUGAUAUGGAUCUUUUGGUCACGUACUUAGAGGUUAUGGGUGUCGCCGACAAGAUUUCAUUUGACCUUUCGCUUGCUCGAGGCCUGGAUUAUUACUCCGGCCCGAUAUACGAGGUUAUCCUUACGGGCAAAAAUCAGCCCAGUCAGGUUGGCAGUAUUGCCGCGGGCGGGCGCUACGACGGUCUAGUGGGUAUGUACAGCAAGCAUCCCAUCCCAUGUGUCGGCAUAUCCUUUGGAGUUGAUCGUAUCUUUACUCUUUUGGACGCACGACAGAAUAAGAGUUCUUCUGAGCUAACCCACGAGGCCGAUGUAUACAUUGUGGCAGCUGGCGGCAAGGACUACGAUGGGCUUCUUCUCGAGCGUAUGGCGGUGGCACGCCAACUCUGGGACGCCGGAAUCCGGUCCGAGUUUGCCGCCAAGGUGAAGCCCAAGCUGAUGCAGCAGUUCAAUGAUUCCGAAUGCGUACCCCUUACUGUCAUACUUGGCCAGGACGAAUUAGCAGCCGGUCAAGUUAGGUUAAAGGUUAUGCGAGCCAGUGACCAGGAAACGGUUCAGAAGGAUCGAGGCCAACUUGUCUCUAGAGAAGACCUGGUUCAAGAAGUAAAAACUCUUCUAUUAGCCGUUGGACCUCAACAAGAAUAG